AUGGGCUGUGCUGGGGCCAAAGCGAAUGCCGUCAGCACAGCGGUGGCCCAGAAGCUCCGCGCGCAACGAGAGCGUUCGCGGCAGAAGUUCGCGAGAGGGCCCAAGAGUCACCUGGACUCAAUUGCAGAUGAUGAAGUAGGCGAGACUGGACGGCAAAGCUUUGCAUCCUUGGUCCAUGCGUUGGCGCCAGUGUUGGAGGAGCAAGAAAGCAGACGAGGAGACCUGGUGUCCACGGUGUCCCAGACAGAUCACACCUGGUGGAAUCUCAGAUUGAGAGCCAGAGUUAUCUGGUCGCAGUCUGAGGACUGCUUCCAGAGCCUCUCAGUGGAUCCAGAUUCCUUCAAUGAGGGAGACUUGGAGGUGCUGAGGGAACGCCCCUGGCAGCAGAUGUGGAGAAUACAUCUUCAGGAGUACGAGGACGGAGCCAACCAGCUGCAAGAGGACACCGAACUUCCAGCGAUGGACACCUUGCUGGAGACCAUGCGGGACGGCAAUGACGAAGCUGUCAAGGCCUCCUUGCCUCAAUUGAAACGCUUCAGAGCCCUGCAGAGACUGUUGAGCCUCCAAGAAGACUUGGCGAAGGUGGCUCUGAGCUUGGCCUCAGAGGCCCAGUGGCCCCAGCUGGCCUUGGUGCUGCAGAAGAGCGGCGCAGAGGUGCAGGCGUCCAAUCUUUUGUCCAUGGCAUUGACAGGUUUUCAUCUGCAGGGUGUUUUCUUCCGAAUGGUCGUGGAUGAAGAUGACUGGAAGACCAUUUGCGCCGAGGUACGCAUGGCCCGACAAAGCAAGGGCCCUUUGCUACUAGCGCUGGAGGGUAUGGGCGUGCGACUGUUGGCCUCACCUGUGCUGAAUGAGUGUGCUAAAGAUGACUCCUCCAUCAAGAGGACGAGCAGGAUUUUGCUCGACUACUGUCAGCAGCUGCGAUAUGGCCAUCAAGAAGAAACGGAGCUGUGGAAAGCUGCCCAGAAACUGCCGAAUCCACGGAAGUUGUUGUCGCUGGAGGUACCACUGGCACGGGCCAUCGGUGCAUUACCGCAGUCCCUUCGUCCCAGCGUCAAGGCAUCGGAAUGCCUGGCGCUGGUCUUUGGUAUGCCACCAGGAGAACUGACAAGCCUUCGAUGUGGAAAACCGGAGGUCUUGGUUUCCGACUCCACGGCUGGUUUGCUCGAGGAGGUGGCCACCUGUCUCCGAUGCCUCAGCUGGCGCCUGAUGCGUUUCAGCGAUGUCCAUGGCCUCUUUGGGUGUCCCUGUGAGGUUUGGUAUCUUCCAGAAGCAGAAGGUGCUACAGCGGCCAUGUGUUUGCCUCAUGCCUUGGAGCAUGAAGCCGUCAUCUACAUGUCUUCCAUCAUCUGUAUGAUUGGCUGCUUGAUGCAAAGCAAUCGCUUCGCCGUGCUGUUUACUUCUGCUGCUCCGUUCUUUGGUUGCAAUUCCGAAAAGACCUCUGAAGCAGAUUCCAGCAGUCACAGCGCUCAGAUCAAGGGGAUGAGCAAUGCCUGUUCGGAUUGGCUUCAAGUGAACGAAAUUCGAGGCCUGGUGGAACGGCUGCACUCGGUGGCUCAGCAGCUCUCGACGGAGCCGGGCAUGGCACAGCACGGCAGGGCUUUGAGGAGUUUGCUUCGCGAGCAGCAGCUUCCUGCUCGCUUCGCGCCUGCAGUGGCUGAGUUGAAACUCCUUGGGGUGCAACAUUUGCUGGUGAAGAAUCAGGCCCUAGUGGAAGAAGCUGCUUCAGUGGAGCUCAUGAGCCGAGCGGCGAAACACGCGGUGCGCCACAUCUUGACGCAUCGCCAAAUGCUGCGGGCCGCUUCCUCGUCCUCGCCCAACGGCUGCAACGGCUGCGCCGCGGAGGUCUUCUUCGGCCAGCUGGGGCCCAAACGGAAGGAGGUGGUGGACACACCCCUGCAGCGCCUUUGGGCGGUUGACGCAGAUGGGGACUGGAUGCAGCUGAUCGCUAAGGAGGCACAACUUCUCUCGACGGAGGACUCCAUUGGAGCGGAUGCGGCGGAGGCGCCCAUUCCACCCAUCCCACCGCAGGAGAAACGAGAAGUGAAGAGCGAUGAAGCAGAGUUGGAGGCCCAGCUGAUGCUCAGCGCCCUGCAAGUGAACCCCGACGCGACGAGCGAAGAGCAAAUGCAGCUGGCAGCGUUGCGCCAAGGGUUGCUGCAGGUCGUCUUCUGGGUUCGACUGGCCAGCAUGGCACAUGAGCUCUCACUGACUGCUGCUGAACCUCGAGACAAGGAUCCCUCCCGAGCUUCCUCCGUGUCCACCGCGGAGUCGGAGGCUCCCAGGACCGACCUGUCGACCUCGCUGUCGCUGCUGCGGGCCCUGGGGCAUCGCCUGAUGGCGGCGGCAAGGCGCAGGCCGUUGGCGCUGGCGGCGGCCACGGCCGGUGAGUUGCGAAUCUCCCUCCCAAGAGAAUUCACUAUCCGUCUUCGUGUGCACGCCCUACAGCUCAAUGCUCCCAUGCGGGUGCCCAUUGGUCCCUCGGCCACAACCUCGUCCAGCUCAAGUAUCCAGCUACAUUUCCGCUGCACAGCGCCCUUGAGCUAUGAAGAGGCCUUCUCUGAGGUCCUCCAGGCAGAUCUUCCGGGCGAUCCUGCGAAGCCGCUGAGCGCCUCAGGGAAGCUGGCGGCACUGCUGUUGACCAACCGCGACCUGUCCCUGGGCCGCGGCCGCGUCGGUUUGUUGCAACGGUCUCCGGAGCUAAUGGCGCCGUUGGUGUCAGUGGUCUGGAAGUUGGCCGCGGCCACGGCGGUGUUGAGACCCGGAGAUGCCACGACGGCGUAUGGGGUGAAACACAAAGCCUGGACAGCCAAAACUUUGCUUCAAGUGGUUCACUACCAACUGCUCUCUUCUGCUGCGGACUCCGGAAACCAGGAGGAGGCGGCCUUUCUGGCCAAGCAACUUCAGACGCUGAAAGCUGCGGCACAGAUCCUGGGGGAGCUGGGCAUCUCCUGCCCAGCGGAGCUCUUUGCGUCCUUCUUUACGCUGAGGGGUAUGAUAUGCGAGAGAGAAGGAGAUGUGGACGCAUGCUACCUCCACUACCUGCAAGCCUUAGCUCGAUUGGAUGAUGCUUGGGGCGAUCCACGGAAACCUGGAGGUCGAGGUCAUCCCUAUGCGGCCUUCCUAGUGUGGAAGUUGGGAUUGAUCUCCUACUGCAGGUCGGACACGAAGUGCAUCGUGAAGUUCGGGGACUAUUUCAGAUCCUUAGUGCUCUCUUUCGAGGAUGUGCCCUUCUCCUGGGGCCCUGGCAGCUCCGGCGACGUCUCGGAGCCGCGCUGCCUGGAGCUGCUGCGCCGCGAGGCGCGGCCGGCGGCCCAGUGGUGCUGGAGACACGACGUGCUCAACGUCCUGCAGGAGGGUCUUUUGCCAGCACCCUGCACUCCUGCGGCGGAUGAGCUAUCGACAGUGGCCAACCAUCACAGCAUCACAGGCGAUCGUCAGGACGUCUUCCGCGGCACCGUCUUCGCCUGCGGCGUCAACGAGUUGGGACAGCUGGGCACCGGGCGCGACCUGCCGUGGAGCGGGGCACCGCUGCGGGUGGUGGCGCUGAAAGAGGUUCGCAUCAAAGAGGUGGCAUGCGGUGAAGCGCACUGCAUAGCUCUGGAUUUGGAGGGCCACCUGCAUGCCUGGGGUUUUGAUGAGUUCUGCCAGGUGGGUGGAACCCACUUCGUGGCAUCACCAUUAAGUUCGCCCCGCUGCCCUGGUGGACGUCCUGGUUUCCGUGGCUGCAAGGUGGUACCCAAGCCGAGGCAGCUGCAGGUUGGGACCAGCUUUGUUCGUGUGGCCUGUGGUGCACAAUUUUCACUGGCGCUGGAUAGUUCGGGGCAGGUUUGGUCCUGGGGCCACGGUGAAGGUGGCGUCCUGGCGUUGGGCCCCAGCCUGACCGCGCGAGCGGAGCCGACCAAGGUCUUGCUGGAGAAAGGAUACAGCUGGGCCAGCUGGGUGGCUUGCGGCUCCUAUCACGCCUUCGCCGUGUGCGAAGGGCAGCUUUACAGCUGGGGUCGCACGGAAGGUGGUCAGCUGGGUUUAGCCUCCGAAGUCAUUGAGGGUCACAUCGAGGAGCACCACUUGGAAGAUAGCUGUGUUUGUUUGCCACAUCCAGUCCUAAACCUUCCUCCCAUCCGUUCGGCUGCUGGGGGAGAUGUACAUAGUUUGGCACUGGACGAGACAGGAGAAAUCUAUUCCUGGGGCUGGGGAGAGUUUGGGCAGCUGGGUCUAGGCUUCUCGUCCAGUUCUUUCCAGGUGGGGAUGGGCGGUGCGAGCUCGCGUCGUCCGCUGCCUCAACAUCUUCCCUUGGACAGAAAGGGCCGAGCCUUACAGGUGGCCUGUGGUGGAGCCUUCUCUGCUGCACUCUUGGGGCAGGACCUCAACGACGGUGGUCAGCUGCUGAUGUGGGGAGCCAAUGAUGUAGGCCAAUGUGGCCUUCCGGCGAAGAAACCCAUCGACAUCGCUUCACCCACCGAGGUUCCUGGGCUGCGAAACAUCCCGAUUCGCCUGGUGGCUUGUGGCACCUGUCAUGCUGUGGCCAUUGACCUCAAUGGCCAAGCGUUUUCCUGGGGUGCUCAGCAGUUUGGUAAACUAGGUCGCUCCGAUGCUGGCAUCACUGCAACCUUCGACGGAUGCGAUGAACCAGGGCUGUUGCGCAGCAUGGCACGGCUACGGUUGGCGCGGGUGGCCUGUGGGUUACACCACUCCUUGUUGGUCACGGAGGUAAGUGGACGGAGGAGAUCCAGCAACGACAGUACCACUGAAGAAGGAGUCACUGAGGUUUCUUCCGGCAGUCAAUAUGCCAAAACUUGCACUGGUCCGGUAGAUCUUGUCCCUGGUGUUGCCCGUGAAAUGUCGCAAGGACCUCACAGGACUUAUCAAAACCGCAUGGAGCGCAAAGACGCCUCUCCACGCUCACCGGUGCCGGAUAUUGCCGACCUUGAGGGCGAAUUCUUCAACGAGAAUGAUGAGAAAUUCUCUGCAGUCCUCUUUGGACGUGGUUGGCUUCCGCCAGAAGAGCGAGGGAAGUUGGUGAUAGAACCUGAAGCAGAAGAGGAAGCCAACGGAUUCAUGGCCUGUUGGGCGGAAGACGAUGGACAGAUAGGAUGGGAAGUUGUUGCCAUAGGCACCUCCCGUCGCUCCUCAUCUUUCAGCGAUACUGGAGCUCAUUCAGACAAGGUUCGUUGCGAUGGUGUGCCAGACGACCUCAUCAUGGGCUGCUUAGACCCCAAUUGCGACAAACUUUGGUCCCCCGGAGAGAGCCGGCAACGCUGUAGCGCCUGUGGCUUCUUCUUUUGCAAAGCACACAUUAAAGGUCCUUGGUAUGUCACUUGCUUCGGUGGUUCCAGCUCUGGCGCCUCUCUCUUAGAUUCCCUCAACUUGCCCAAGCCUGGGUUGGAGGCACAGGUCUUUUUGUGCUUCAGAUGUCACAAUCGCUUGCCUUUGGGCGAUCAGCUUCAAGGGCACGAGCUUCUGCUGCUAAGUGCAGAAGUCUGCGCAAUGAAGAGCAGCGUCCUUGACUCUGAUGCCACCGAGGAGGAAUCUGCAGUCAAAACAUCUGCUCGUGCCCUGCUGUUGCGUUUGCUGGACCAGUUGCGACGCUGUCUUCGUAGUUGGACGGAUUCAGAGCGGGAAUGGGUCUGGAGUUUGGCCAGCGAGCUGGUGGAGCGUGACGUGGGCUGGUUGGCGCAGUUCUUUCGGCAGAGCCAGUGGACCAAGGAAGAGAGUGUCACUGCAGUGGAGUUGCUGGCGAAAGUUCACGCAGAUCUGCCUGGCUUCGAAAGUCUUCAGAUCCUCGGCUGCCUGGGUCGCUCCGCCGAAGCCGCCUGCGCUCACCUCGGGGAGCGACGCCUGGGGCUGGCGGCGGUGCAUGCCACCAAGGCCCUGCAGGCCAUGAAUCCUCGAGAAAUCUCCUGCUGUUUGGAACUCCUGCUGGAUGCAGCGCAUGAGUUUGCCGCCAAUGGCGUCACUGGUGGCUACCUCGCAGUGCUGGCGGUUUUGCAGAGCUUAUCACAGGAGAAGAGCUUGGAUGGUCAAGCUUUGCGCAAUGAGUUUUUCUGGGCACUUGAAACCAGAGUGCAAACAGUUGCGAUGAAUCGACAGAAGGAGACUGCUGCAUCCAAGAACUACCGCUAUGCCGAGACAUGGCAAUCCAAGGCGCUACAGGAGCUUCUGAAGAAUCUUCCACAGGAGGGGGAACUGGAUUUGAUGAGACAACAUGCUUGGGUUCGGCACAUGGAGCAUGGAGAUUAUGACUGCUGCACCUUCGAACCUGCGUGGGGUGACACGCGCACCUUCCCAUUGGCGGUGUGGCCUGCCUACCGCCGCUGCACCGGCUUGCAUUCCCUUCAGAAGGCUGAGAGCAAAUCGGCGCCGCUCAUUGCUAAGUGUCGCUACAAGGACGACUCGAGCCUCCCCGGUGCACCAGCAAAGAAAAGCCAGGCAAAAGCGGGGAGCCACGCGAACCAUCGCCAUGGUGAGAGGCCAAAUACCUCAGGCGUUUUGUUGAAGAAGGACCCCGACAUGCACAAGGAGCAGCAAGUGGGACAGGUCCUGCGAUUGCUGGAGAUCUUGAUCUGGAAGGAUUCCGAGCUUCAAGACCUGCUACAAAGGGAAGGCCUAGACCCAGAAGAUGUGAGGGCCACCUACACCAUCGUCAUGACUGGGCCUGGGACUGCCAUGUUGGAAUUCAUUGAUGGCGCCCGCACACUUCGGGAAGUGCGAUCGGGUCCAGACACUUCCCUGGUGAGUUCUAGGCUUUUCUUUUCAAAAGGUGAAAAGGGCACCUUGAACACUUUCCUGCGCAGGAAUAACAAAGGAGAGGAUCUGCCCAAAUCCCUGAAGCGCUUGGCCUUCACCGCAGCCAUCUCGGCGGUGCUGAGCUUCGUGGCCGGCUUGGGCGAUCGACACCACGAAAACUUCAUGGUCACCGUUGACGGUCGCUUGGUCCAUGUGGACUUUGGCUGGGCACUUGGGAAGGAGCCUCUUGACGCGAUGCUCAUCCACUUUGCCGUUCAAGGUGGCAGGCCCGCCACGACCAUCCAAUACGAUGAGCUCAUGGACGCGGUGGGACAUGACAUGAUGGACAGGAUCUUUUGGCCGGUGGUUUGUAAGGCGUAUCUGUGCGUGCGAAGAUACCCUGGACUCUUAGCUGAGAUGUUUUACACAGCCAUGCUGCGCGAGCGCGGCGCCGCCCGCGGCACCGCGGCUGGCCCCGCGCCCCGCGGGCCGCGCGCCUGGCGCGACGCGCAGAGCUUCGUGGCGCGGAACUGCGCCGCAGCAAUGCCCGAAGAGAGCGCCCAGCGUUUCAUCCAUUCGCUGCUGCAGCACUGCACCAGGAUGGAACGCGCCGCGCACGUGCGCGACGAGCUCAAGGGCCUACGCCUUGGGGAGAAGACCACGGAGGCGGUGUCAAAGGCCUGGAACUACGCCAAGAACACCACGCGCAGCGCGGGCAGCGGAACACGCAGCGCCGCAGGUCGAGCGGCCGAGGUCAUCAAAACAGGUGGCCCCAGCUUGCAACAGGUGCGAAGUGCUGCUACCAGUGCCUUUGGGGAAAUCAUGCAGCUGGCGAGUCCCAGCAAGUUGUCCAUUGAAACUCUCGGGAGUUUCAGGGACGAAUCACGAUAGCAUCCGAUAGCCGAUAGCCUGAGAACCACCUCUCCACCUGAGAGGCAGCCCAGAUGACUGUCUCUUGGGGAUCCACAAAAUGGGGUGUCUGGAAGGAUGAUCGAUUCGCG